AUGCGACCUGAGAACAAAAGAUAUUGUGUGCAGUGCAGUUUUAAUCAGCUGCAGAAGGCCAUUGUGGAAGAGAGCCACUGUGCUGGGACGCUGAAUGUAGCUGAAGAGUUAAAGAACAGGUUCCUGAGAAGAAGUGCUAAAGGACUCAACAGGAAGAAUGCCCACCAGUCACCCCAGAAACUUGUAUUAAAACAGACUGCUGCCACUGAGGGUUUGCAUUAUGCGAAGGACGCCCUUUCCGUUGCUCCGUAUCGGGGGCUGGUGGGGGAGGCCAUGAUGGUCGUGGUGGCAGUUGUGGCGGCAGUUGUGGCGGCUCUGUCGGGUUCAGGGCGCCGGCCCUGCUGCAGGUUGCCGGCUGCGAGGCACAGCGCCUCUCUUAUCUUCCUGCACGGCUCAGGCGAUUCUGGACAAGGAUUGAGAACGUGGGUCAAGCAAGUUUUAAGUGAAGAUUUAACGUUCCAACACAUAAAAGUUAGUUCUCUAACAGCUCCUCCCAGGCCAUACACUUCUUUGAAAGGAGGAAUCUCCAGUGUAUGGUUUGACAGGUUUAAAAGAUCUAAUGACUGCCCAGAGCACCUUGAAUCAAUUGAUGUCAUGUGUCAGGUGCUUACAGAUUUGAUUGAUGGUGAAGUAACAAGUGGUAUCAGGAAGAACAGGAUAUCGGUAGGAGGAUUUUCUAUGGGAGGGUGCGUGGCAAUGCAUUUAGCAUACAGAAAUCAUCAAGGUGUGGCAGGAGUACUUGCUCUUUCUAGUUUUCUGAAUAAAACAUCUGCUGUUUACCAACCUCUUCAGAAAAGUCAUGGUGUCUUUCCUGAAUUAUUUCAGUGUCAUGGUACUGCAGAUGAGUUAGUUCUUCAUUCUUGGGGUGAAGAGACAAACUCAGUGUUAAAAUCUCUAGGAGUGAGCACAACGUUUCCUAGUUUCCCAGGUGUUUACCAUGCGUUAAGCAAAGCUGAGCUAGAAAAACUGAAGUCAUGGAUUCUUACAAAGCUACCAGACUGA